AUGGGCAUCAUAGAAAGUAAGAUACUGGUGGUGAAAUUGGCGACUGCAUGUUCAGUCGCCGAGCAGAAGGGACAAACUGAAGUUCAACAUGUUCUCUCAGACCAGCAGGUCGUCGACUGUCUCGCAAAACUUUGGAAGCAUCUGCCUGAUGUUUCAAAGCAAAAAGUCGAUCCCUCCUAUCGCAAACGCUGUAGGAAAGCCCCAAGAAAGCUCAAAGACGAGAAAAUCGAUUUAUCCAAACACUUGAAGGCAAACAUGGCGCGGUGGAGUACAGAUAUCCGCUCAUUUCUUUAUGCAAAUGGCACUACAGAGCCUCCCAGCAUCGUGACGUGUCCGGUUGCAGGGUUCUACGAAGAGCUUUCAAAAGCCGAAAUUCGCAACUCCGGGGAUGCCAUACGUUUGCGUUUUCUGAAGGUCCUGUUCCAUCAUUUGAAAGACAGGUUCUGCGUAACGUAUCUUCGGCCUAAUGCCGUGGAAUGGAUCACUCAAAGAGUUCUCGCGGCGGGGUUGGAUGACGGUGACUCAGGCAGGAUUACGUGCAAGAUCAAAGACUGGGCUUACGUGGGAGGAAGAUACGAAGCAUUGAGCAGAGAUUUAGGAGACUACAAUGCGACACAAGAUUACAAGUAUCUAGGAAGCUUGUUUCGGUUACCUGAUGAUGUCACAGAUAGAUACUUGCUGAAAGAAGUUCCCGUUAAAGGCGAAGACAGGACAAGCUUUAUUAAUUCGUUAACACGUCGUGGUGUCUGCAACCUUGAAAAAAGUGAAGACACGGACAAUUUGGCGAAUGAAAUCUUUUGCUAUCUGUGGAAUAAGGUCGAGUCGUCAAUUUCAUUUGGACAACCCGAACAAGGAAGCCCAUUUGUUGGCUUGAAAGAUUGGCGUCGUUUACAAGGCACUCGAAUCCUCAGACUCCAGAACGUGGAUCACCCAAGCUUGCAUUUCACAAACCCUGCACAGAAUUCAGAAUCAGCGGGAACAAGUCAAUGUACCCCCGUCAGAGGAGAGCUUGGUACCGACUGUGUUCAGCAGGUAUCAAGCGAGCUCGAAACCCCGGAUGGGCCCACUACCAAUCGGACACAAGCGUCUGAAAUUUACACUAGCAACUUAACGGCAUGGGACUCAGGGGUGUCGGGUGCCAAUGAAGGACGUCCAAGUGGCUCUCAGAAUGUUGGAACCGCCUUUCAGGAUUCUGCGAGAAUGUUUGCACAGAUUGACCAAGAGAGGACGCACUUCAACCCUACGACGAGCGAUGAAUUUUUCAGUCUAUUUCCAAAUCCCCAACUCGCCAACCCUGAGGCACAAAUCGAUAUAGAUUCAGCACAAAUCGGUUCUGCGAGAUGCGAGACUCUUUAUUCGCGCAACGUCUCAGCUUGA